AAAAGCCGUCCAAAUUGUUGUAACAAAAUAUACAAAAUGGCUCUUUUAGGCAUCAUAUAUUGUGGAAUAAUAUUUAUGGGUACAGGCUUUGCUAUACUAUCUACUGCAGGAAACUAUUGGAUAGCAAAUUCUCAGGAAUAUAGGGGGUUAUGGUAUGCAUGUGUUACCAUUUAUUCAGCAAACAACUUAUCACCGAACGGCUUUUUAUUAAACAACUAUUUAGUGUGUGGUGCAAUAAAAAAUGAGUUAGGUUGGAUGAUUGCUACUAAAGCAUUUAUGAUUAUUGGGUGCUUAACUUACUCUGCUGCCUUUGUAUUAAGUUUGCUAAAUUAUCUGAAGCUAAUAAAAAAUCGGAAAAUCUCUGGUGCUGUGCUUAUUGCAACAGCUUUAUUCUUGGUGGUAGGAUUGAGUGUGUUCACUAUCAAAGCUAAUCAAUACAAAAACAUUAGUUAUCGUUGGUCAUACAUAGUCGGUUGGUGUUCAACAGUAAUUUCGAUUGCAUCCGCAGUUCUUUGUUUUAUAAUAAAAGGGGAUAAAGAAUCCGUAUAACUUUUUUUUUUAAAGUGAAGAUUGUACGUAAAUAUUUAAAAGAAAAGAAAAAUAUAAC